ACCUCGCGUGGCCAACGGCUCUCUCCACCGAAUGUUCCCUCAUUGAAUUACCGUACUCAGCCUGACCGAGUCGAUUUGGUGAAAUAAUUUGGAGUAAACCUGACCGGAAUAGCUCAUUUACCACCUGUUGUCUGCCUUACAGUCCCGCGGCCUUCUGUAUAUCUGACUGCGGUGGCGGGGCGUUCUUUCCUGGGCUCGCUGGCUGGAUUUGGUCGGGGAGGCAGGGGGAAGUACGAGGCUGGUCCCGAGUGAUGAUGGAGCUGGAGUCGGCCAGUAACAGAGGCGAACUGGGAGCUGUGGGGGACUCGCUACAGCCGCAGACCCCAAGCAGGCACGAAAAGAGCCUGGGACUGCUCACUACUAAGUUUGUGACUUUACUGCAGGAGGCCAAAGACGGAGUAUUGGAUCUAAAAGCGGCGGCAGACACCUUGGCUGUGCGACAGAAACGGCGUAUAUAUGAUAUCACCAAUGUGCUGGAGGGAAUUGGACUCAUAGAGAAGAAGUCCAAGAACAGUAUCCAGUGGAAGGGUGUAGGUCCAGGUUGUAACACACGGGAAAUAGCCGACAAGUUGAUUGAUCUGAAGGCAGAGCUUGAUGAUCUAGCUCUCAGGGAACAUGAGCUGGACCAGCAAAGGAUCUGGGUCCAGCAAAGCAUCAAGAAUGUCACAGAUGACUCCAAUAACAGCCCUAUGGCAUAUGUAAAACAUGAAGACCUCUGCGGAGCUUUUAAAGGUGACACACUCUUAGCAAUCCGUGCUCCCAUUGGCACACAACUAGAGGUGCCCAUACCAGAAACUGUCCUCAAUGGGCAGAGGAAAUACCAGAUUCGUCUCAAGAGUUCAUCUGGUCCCAUUGAGGUUUUGCUGGUUAAUAAGGACUCGUCCAGUGCCUCUCCAGUUGUUUUGCCCGUCCCUCCUCCAGAUGACGUCCUUCAGAACCUCCCAGCAUCAACGCCUACCUCCCAGCCGCCUUCUGCAGCCUCACAGGUCCCCAAAGCAGUCACAGCUUCUACAAAACCUGGCCCUGCUACAACGUCAGCUGCUGCAGCAAACCAGCCAGCCUCAGUGACAGAAGCGACAAACACCACAGCACUCAGCCCAACAACAGAGACACACGCUACAGUUACUCAGCAACUUCAGUCAUCUGCCUCGUUGGAUGGAUCCUUGUCAUCCUCUGCCUCUGCAGUAUUUGAACCUAUUAAGUCAGAGCCGUCUCAUUUGCUGGACUUUCCCAAAGAGCUCUCUGAAAUGUUUGAUCCAACAAAAGAGAUCAUGAGUGGAGACUUGUUGGAGGACUUGAUGUCAUCAGAAGUGUUCUCGCCUCUCCUUCGUCUGUCCCCUCCACCCAGCGAUCACGACUACAUAUACAACCUGGAUGAAACAGAAGGCCUGUGUGACCUCUUUGACGUCCCCAUUCUCAACCUCUGACCUCCAAGAUUGCUCUCAGAGAAAGAGACAGUUGUCCAAACAUAGUAAUCUACCUUCAUUUUUUUUCUCCGAGUCCCCACUCCUUCCCCUCCCACUGAGAGUGAAGGUGAGAAAAGGUGCAAAAAGGCCAAUAUGAUGCGAUCAGUGCUCGAGGAUGCCUCUGCACUGACGCAUUGAGCCGACAUCAUUCUGGCAGCAGCUCGAUGUACAGUCUCAUGGAGUGACACAGGCCAGAACUAAACAUUUUUCUCUCUGCUUUUCCAAGGAAACAAAUAUAUUUUUGGAUUCUUGAGUAUGAUAAAGCAUUUUGUUUGUGUACCUGCUUUUUUCGUGUGUAUGGUUGAGAGUGAAUGUGUGUAGGCAUACUUCAUGCGAGCGUGCCUGUGUGCGCAUUUGGGUUUUUGUAUCGAGUACUCUAUUGAGUCAGAAGUUUCAUUUUCCUAUCAGGUCAAGAGUCUAGGUAGACUAAUGGAGCACAGCCUUUAUCACCCGGCAGCUGCUCAUGCAUGGCUUGUACGAGUCCAAACACAGCUGGUUAAAUAUGCACUGUCCUCUUGUAUAUAGAGAAUAUAUAUUUUGUAUUACCAGCACUCAUGGCUGCUGUGUGGUAAAUUUUUAAUUUCUAACAAGACAGGCCAAUAGUUCUUAAAUAAAGGAAGGUACAAGACACAAAUUAAAAGCCGGACAUGUUUUUAAUCACACUGUACGUAUGAAGUGUUUUUUUUUUUGUUUUUUUUUAAAUAAUUAUUAUAGGACUUACUAAUAGGAAUUUGUUUAAAUUAUACAUUUCUCUCCAGCAGUGUUGUGUACCAACUACAGAGAGAUGUUAAAAGGGUGAGCUAUUGAAUCCAGUUAACUAUGUACUAUAAUGAAGAGCCAAGGACCAAAAAAUAAUACAAGGGGGUGGGAGAGCGGUUAAAAAUUCUGAUAUUUCACAAAAACACUUUUAUGAUCAACAAGGUGGCUGUUUGCAGGUGAUCUCUGAUGGGUUCAGGGUUCAGAUGCUGGGUAAUAAACAGAGGCUUGCUUUUGGUUUCAUGCGUCUAGAUUUAAGACCAUACAGAUUUUUAUUGGCUGUUAUUUCUAUGAAACUUAUUGUGUGCAUCAGAGGAAUAGCUUUUUUUUUCUCCCCCUUCUUCCAAAAUGGGCUCAGUGGCGAUUGUGUUUCAGCUAUAAUGUAUGUGUAUGAAUACCAUUGUACUUGGUUCAUUUGUAUGUAAAAGGACAUGUAUGUAUUUUUGAUGUAUUUUUACUGAUAAAAUGAAUAUACGAUAGCCCACCCAAGUCAUGAUAUGCUCCCAAUUUCUGCAUGUCUUUGUAUAUUUGGCACAGAUCCCUAUUCCUUCCUUUUUAAUGUUUCCAGUGUGCUUCUGUUUGCUAUAAAUGAAUACUGCCUAUUACUCUAAAAUUAAAUUUACCGAACUCUAACCAAUUUCUCUGUGGUGGAUAGGUGAGCUGCAAUUCAGGAUGAGGUGUUAGUAGUAGGACAGUUCAAGUACAAGUGUUGCCAUAAUUCAUCUCUCUAUGGUGUCUGUAAAUCAUAUUUUGUCUAAUGUCCUCUUACACCCUGGAUGACCUGUAUGUAUGUACAGUAUGUACUGUGUAUAUCCCUCUUUACCGCUUGUAUAGAAUAGCAUUUAUUUUUUUAUACCUGCUAGAUAUAUUAUUACAGGGUUGUUGCGACUAAUUCGGGGGCUACACUUUAACUUUCAAGGACUCUAUCCACAGAACCUUCUGCUUUAUCGAAGCAUCCUGUUUUGUCAUUGCACUUUACAUCACUGUGGGCAGAUUGGGUGCUACUCAUCCACUUCUUGAUCAGUAGCCAGUCAUUGUGUUUUGGACAGUGUUGUGAAUUGUGAGCAGCCAGGGUUCAACUAAAAUUGGCUGGAUGAAUUAUAUGUGUGUGUCAGCAUGUGAGGCUCAAACCAACAGGCUCACUAUUGCUAAGCUGUAGUUGCAACAAAUGAAAGAAAUAAACACUUUGGAAUAAUAAA